UUUGAAAACGAAUAGAGAUUUAACGUACUUUGAGCCGUUCAUCAAGACAGAUUGGACAUAUUUUACAUAUUUUGAUAUUGAAGGGUAUGUUAACAAUAGUCCUGAAGUUAAAGUAGUAAUUACGACUUCACAAGUUCUUAGACAACAAGAAUAA